GCCACAUGAUAUGAUGAUAUGAAGACGACGAUAGCCACUAUUGAUCUUCUCAAACGGCUCGGACAUUGGUAGCCUGGUAGACAGGUCUGCCGCCUGAUGUCCCCUUCACUCACCCACCCCUGCAUCCUCCACCCUGCGCUUUGGGAAUGAUACAAGAUGGUUCGCAAUGCAGAUGUUGACACUCAAAUGGCUCUCGAGACCGAGAAUGAGGCCACCACAGAACCUGACCCUUCAAUCGCAAACGCCUCUGACACUAUUGAAGUCCCCAAGCCUGAGAGUGUCAUUAAGGACGACGAUAUAGGCGAUGAUCGAUCCGGGGACGAAGGAGACGCGCCUGAAGAGGACGCGGCGGGUGAUCGUCCUGUUUCGAAUGAUCAAUACAGGGCUUUCAAAAGUAUUGCCGACACCCUCACAAACUACAACUACAAGAACAAGGGUGGAGAGGACUACUAUCCCUCCCUGCUCUUCCGGCGCAUUCCCAAUCGACGAAACCUUCCCGAUUAUCAUGAAAUCAUCAAGAACCCGGUUGCCAUCAGCACGCUAAAGGGCAAAAUCCAGAGAAAAUCUUACACCGGCGUCCCCGAGUUCGUCCACGACUUUGCCCUCAUCGUCCACAACGCCCAAGUCUACAACCGUCCAAACUCGGCCCCAGUCCGAGAUGUGCUACAACUACAGUCCAUUUUCACACAAGAACUCCAAAAGCUGGUCGAAGAAGGUCUGGCGAAGGAUGAGGAGAUCAUCUUCCCAGACCUUGGAGAAAUCCCUUCCGCAACUCCAGAGCCAGAUCCCGUCUCCGACGACGACGAAGACAACGAUGACGACCAGGAUGACGACGACGAUGACGACGAUGCUGAUGGCGACGACUCAGAUGAGGACCGCACCAAGUUCAAACGUCGCAGGAGCCGUAGUGCUCGAAAGGAACGAGAUGACGAUGACGGCAGGAAACGGCGGGGGAGGCCACCAAGGGUCGACACUCCCAUGGAGGCCCGCAUGAAGGCCAUCCUCAAAGGUCUUCGCAAGCCCAAAGAUGCCCACGGAAACCUUCUGCUCAGGCACUUUGAACGCCUGCCCGAUAAACAAGAGUACCCAGCGUAUUUCACCGAGAUCAAAGACCCCAUCGCCAUCGACACCAUCAAGAAAAAGCAAAAACGCAAAAAGUACACGUCACUCGAUUACUUCCUCAAAGACAUUGAUCUUCUUUUCAACAACGCUAAGCAGUUCAACUUAGAUUCUAGUGAGAUCUAUCAAGACGCGGUCCUUCUUCAGGCCGAGGCCAAGCGCUUAGGUGACCUCGAGAAGGCCAAACCAGAUGACGAAUAUCUGUUGGAAGAUGGGAGGCGUCCUCUCCCGGGCGGUAUUCUGUACAAAGACGAGACAUGGAAAGUCGGUGACUGGGUUCACAUCAGAAACCCCAAUGACAUGACGAAACCGAUUGUCGCCCAGAUCUUUCGCACCUGGGAGGAUACCAACGGCCAGAAAUGGAUCAACGCUUGCUGGUAUUAUCGCCCCGAGCAAACUGUCCAUCAGUACGAGAAACACUUUUUCCCGCACGAAGUUGUCAAGACCGGACAAUACCGAGACCACCAAAUCGAAGAGGUGGUGGACCGCUGUUUCGUCAUGUUCUACACCAGAUUCGGUCGCGGUCGACCAAAGGGUUUCGACACCAGCAAAGAGGUCUAUGUUUGCGAAGCCCGGUACAACGAAGACAAACACAGAUUCAACAAGAUCAAGACCUGGGCUAGUUGUUUGCCAGAUGAAGUUCGGGACAUCGAUUAUGACCUGGACCAUUUUGACAAUCCCCGCCGCAUCAAGAAACUUCCCAGUCCCCUGAAACACCUGCUCAAGGACGACACCAAAGACACAGAUAAGAUUCCCUCCCCGAUAUGGGGCGAUCCAAAAGCGCCUCCGCUAAUUGGCGGUAUUCACCGCCAGCCGCGCGACGAGAAUCAAUCCCCUCCACCAGAACCGACACCUCCACCCCCACCAACGCCUCCGCCACCUUCGAGACAGCCGUCCAUCAGCACAAUGCAACGCCAGCCACCCCGACCAGAGCUGGAUCCACGCCAAAGUACGGGCCCAAAUAACUUUGUUCAGAUCGCACGACCCUCACCAUCCCUGGCCCCGCAGAUCUCGCCUUAUCAAACACAACAAUCCAUCUCGCCCGCUCUGCCCUAUCAUCGUCCAACGCCUUACGCGCAAUCCUCGGGUGCUGCCCAGCACGCCGUGCCUCCACAUACACCCAUCGCCCAACAGUCACUCCCUUAUGCUACUCAUCAACAGGUGCAUCCAUCACCCGGACUUACAGCCGCUCCAGCGACAGGCUACGCCCCAGCUUCAUCAACUCAAGCCUACAAUCGGCCUCUGGCACAGCCUGUCCAUUCCCAUGGACCGUAUGGAACAAACCCCAAUCUACCCCUCGGCCGAGACCAAGAUGUUUUCGUGCUACCCGACAGCGCCAACAAUGCCAUCCCAGCAGACCUUCGCCGUCGAUUUCCUCAAGAUGACCAAGGACGGGUUCUGUUUUUCACCAAACCCCCGGUUGUACACGAAUCAGUCAUAUACGACAAGGUUGCUCGCGGAUCACCCAAGCGUCUUGCCCACAGCGAGAGAUACCUUGCGGCGAAGAAAGAACGGGAAGAAAAGCUCGCAGGACAGAAACGCGGUCUUGUAGAGGGAGCGGCCGAGCGUGAGGUCAAGCGACCUAGACACAAUGCCGCCGAGAUUGAGCAUGUUGGUCUGCGCCCUCGAGCAAUCCUCGAGUAUCUGAAGCGCUCGACGGAGGACUGGGUUGAAAAGCUAAAAGCCAAGACAGAAGCAGAUUAUCGAAUGUUGUAUGGUGACGAGUGCCACGCGAUAGAAGAGCAAGACGUUGAACGGCGACAACUCCAGCUGCAGAAAGCGGAACGAUUGGAAGUGCAGAAAGACCGGCUUCGAGAACAAUGCCGAAAUGCACCAGAGCAGGACUUGAGCGCGAGUCGGAAUCUGUGGGCUACUGUGGCUCGGGGUGAGCGGUACUGAUGUCUGGGAAUUGGGAAUGCCUGUCAACCAAGUAUCCUUUGGUCUAGGGGACUAUAUGGCACUUGCGAAUUCAGCAUCGUGAUGUUCGCCCACGACUGAUUGAGUACUUGGAUCUUCAGGUAAUAAUCGAUGGAGUCGUAUAGACCUUAUUUCCCAGGCUUGUUUAGCUUUAGCCGGCUAUCUAUUCUAUCAAUUUCGCAAAUAAUUCGUCUCUCUUGGUUUGGAGGCGAUUGAGUUCCCCCAGAACACGUUUUACUUCCUGCCUGCUCGAGUGGACAUCUGGAGGAAGGCCGUGGAAUGAUGCAAUUGUCUCUUGGAACUGCAACAUCUGUUUCCUUUUGCGGUCCAGAGCCUCCAUUCCAGAAGCGACAUCUGCCACAGUGACGUCGCCAGAUUUGCUGCGUAGCGGUUGGACAUUUGAAAGACUCGCGAGGCGGUUGCGGUACUCGUCGGCCUUGAGGGAAAGCUGCUUGAUCUCGCGCUGAUGUUGCAGAAUUUGGGAAUGGAGCGACG